GCCAUCUUGAACGGUUGGUUGACAUGACUCUUUUCGCAGUCAGCUAAAAAAAAUUGAGUACACCUUACAAACACCGCGUAGGGAACCGGUUACUUCAGGUAUUUAAAGGGAAAGAAGAAUGAGAAAGACGCAGCGGCGCAGUUGAGCUUCACAAGAUGGCUUGCUGAGCCCUCCUGGUGAAUGGUUUUCUACACAACUUACGGAAUUUAACAUAAAAGAUUUAGCCCUUAAUUACUGGGAAAAUAAAAAAUAAAUGCUUAGAAGUUGCAGGAAGUUUGAAAGGGGGGAUAAUUGGAGUCACCAAAACGAGAACAUUGUGGAGGAACCUGCCGAGAGGAGAAAUUUGGACAAUUUCUUGAAGACUCAAUAAUAGAGGACAAUCAAGCUCUGAGGAGUCCCAGGAAAGUGGACUCUAUUCAUCCAGAGACUGUUAAAGCCUUCAUUACUAUUGGAGCAGAAAAGAAAAGCUACGUAAACAUGAGUACUGCCAGGACAGAGAACCCAGUGAUUUUGGGCUUGUCAAACCAGAAUGGACAGCUGAGAGGCUCAGUGAAGCCUGCAGGAGCUCCAGGUGGAGGAGGAGGAGGUGGUGGAGGAGGAGGAGGCCCUCAACUGCAGCUUAACCAGAUGAAAGGAGCAAUCAACAAUGGUAACUCCCAGCCGGUCCCUACAACCAACGCUGUCAUCAAACCUGGAGAUGACUGGAAGAAAAAUUUGAAAUUGCCCCCAAAAGACAUGAGGAUGAGAACUUCGGAUGUGACUGCAACAAAAGGCAAUGAGUUUGAAGAUUAUUGCCUGAAGAGGGAGCUGCUCAUGGGAAUCUUUGAGAUGGGCUGGGAAAAGCCAUCUCCAAUCCAGGAGGAAAGUAUUCCCAUUGCACUGUCAGGGAGAGAUAUCCUGGCCAGAGCCAAGAAUGGCACGGGAAAGAGUGGAGCCUACCUCAUUCCCUUACUUGAACGCAUUGACCUGAAGAAGGACUGCAUACAAGCAAUGGUCAUAGUGCCCACCAGAGAACUGGCUCUGCAAGUCAGCCAAAUAUGUAUCCAGGUCAGCAAACACAUGGGUGGAGUGAAGGUAAUGGCAACCACAGGUGGAACCAACCUCCGUGAUGACAUCAUGAGACUCGAUGAAACAGGUAUAAUGGCAACCACAGGUGGAACCAACCUCCGUGAUGACAUCAUGAGACUCGAUGAACAGGUAAAUGUCCUGGCAGACAAACUCCUGUCUCAGGACUUUGUAGUGAUGAUGGAGGAGAUACUGGGCUUCCUGGCCAAACAGAGGCAGAUUCUGCUGUAUUCUGCAACCUUCCCUCUCAGCGUGCAGAAGUUUAUGAACUCACACUUGCAGAAACCAUAUGAGAUCAACCUGAUGGAGGAGCUGACACUGAAGGGUGUGACUCAGUAUUACGCUUAUGUAACUGAAAGGCAAAAGGUUCAUUGCCUGAACACCUUGUUCUCCCGGCUCCAGAUCAACCAGUCCAUCAUUUUCUGCAACUCCUCUCAGAGAGUGGAGCUCCUCGCCAAGAAAAUUUCCCAGCUUGGUUAUUCAUGUUUCUACAUUCAUGCCAAGAUGAGACAGGAGCACCGCAACCGCGUAUUCCACGACUUCAGAAACGGCCUCUGCAGGAAUCUCGUCUGCACUGAUCUCUUCACAAGAGGCAUUGACAUUCAAGCUGUGAAUGUCGUGAUCAACUUCGACUUUCCCAAGCUGGGAGAAACAUACCUUCAUCGCAUUGGUAGAUCCGGCCGCUUUGGACACUUGGGUCUAGCCAUCAACCUCAUCACUUACGAUGAUCGCUUCAACCUGAAAGGGAUUGAGGAGCAGCUCGGGACAGAGAUCAAGCCCAUCCCUGGCAUCAUUGAUAAGAGCCUCUAUGUGGCAGAGUACCACAGUGAGAGUGGCGAAGAACUCAAGCCAUGAGCCAAUCAGUCCAUCCUCCAUUGCCCCCUUUAUACCUUUUUUUUCCUCCCCCACAUCCCCCCUGUCUGGAGUUCCUUUUUUAUGUACAGUUUCUGUCUGUCCUCCUUUUUUUUUUCUUUUUUUUUUGAUGCCACCAUGAGGAAUGUGUAUUUUGAUGGACGCGUUUUGGAAGAACUCAUUUGCCUUUUUAUUGGGCUCAGUGCUGCAUCACCACCACCACCACCACCCUGAAGACACAAGCACCUGGAGGAAAGCAUGGGACCAAGUAAAAAUAUAUCGAUGCACAGUGUGACGAUUCAUAUCCACCGAUGACACAAAGCCAGCACCAACAGACCGCUCCAUGUCGCCCUCCAUUCUCCACUUUUUAUUUUGGAAGUUUUAACCAAUUUGUAUCAAGUGCCUUAACAAGCAGUUCAACUCGUUCUUAAGUAAUAACCCUCCAUUAUCCGCCAUUAUCUCGCUCGCCUCAUACCACACACUCACUUUCACCUAAUUGAAAAUUUGUCACACUAAUUUAAUGUCCGAUGGCGUAGGUGAAUUCAUCACAGCUUUUGGUUGGGUCAUCUGUUUGAGAGAAAUGGAGAUAAUUAGGAGGGAGACUGGUCUGAAUUACCUUUCUGCUGGCUUAGCUGCACUUGCGUCUGGCUGAAAAAUGAGGACAAAACUUGGAUUUUUCCAUGGACAGAGAUGCUGGAAUUUUUCCAAAAGACAGCCAGACUGUCCAGCUGCUUGUGGAGAAGCUUGUGCUUCCAAAAGACCCAAACCCUUUCCUCUGUCUUCAGCAUCAGAACACUAAAUAUGAAUGAGCAGCCUCUCAACACCAUGAGUCAUGAGGAUUCCUGUUUCGGUGGAGUUAAAUUGUGGGGAGCGUUUUUUUUUUUUUCUUCUUCAUUUUUCUUUCUUGUCCUGUGUUUCACCUUCCUGUGGAUGGCCAUACUAAAUUCUAAGAGUGCAGCCGACAUGUGGGGCGCACCUCACACUUUGUAUAUACCUUAAUUUUAAGAUUGUUUUAAACAAGUUCAAAAGGCUGGCCGACAAACUGAAAGCUUUCCCCCUUCUCUCUCGUUAGCACUGGAGACUGUUUCCUUAAAUGCCAGUUUGUUUGUUCUGCAAUAUUGGCCUGUGAAUUUAUUUAUAAUUUUAGAAAUUGCAGAAGUUAUUAGAAUCUAAAACAUUGAAAUGACCUUGUGCAUGAAAUGUUUUUGGUGGCCGAGCUCAUCACUGAUAAUCUUUUAGCCCCUACAAAUUGAUGGCCAGUGCAAUUCUUGAAAGCUGCACUUAAACUGAGAGUUAAACUUGUCGCCCGUUUUCUCCUGCUCCCAGUGUUAACGAGUGUUCAGUCGAGACAGAUGGCUUUGAUAAGCUUGUGCAUUUGAGUAAUGAAUUCUUUGUUAUCACCAGCCUUAACUUGUGAAACUGACUCUUGACGCACUCUUAAGAUCUCCAUUUACAAUGAGUGUUAUUUAAAGAGAAAAUAUUAUAUCAUGUAGUAGUACUACUUGCUGCAGUGCAGCUGAAUUGGCAGAGAAUUAGUUUUCUGGGGGAGGUAUUUGCUGUUACGUUGAUCUAUAUGCUCUUUAAGCACAGCUACAUAAUUUCACUAAUGUUGAGCAGGGAGCUGUGGAUUUAUUUUCCCCCGUUUGAAGAAUGUCAGCCGAAUGCAUCAAAAUGAACCAUCUGACCUAACAUGUAGCAGGAAUUAGUUCUCUGUGCAUUCCAAGUUAGCUGGCUUUAUGAAACCGGUUAACAAAAGAUGCCUCACGAAAACAACCUGAGCAGGUUGAGCAGCACUUAGCACACAGAUGGGUUCAGGCAAUAACGCUGACUGCACUGCUUUUUGUACACUUGUGCUGCCCCUGAGAGAAGUGUAAGAUGGUGCAACAAAAAAGAGAAUUGGCACAGAGGGGGAAUGGGCAUGAAGGAUUUCAGAAUUUCUAUCAGUCGGACUGCUUGUUUAAAAAAAAAAACAACUUUAGCAUCCCAGGCUGCUGAGUUUAUUUCUUAUUUCUCUGCCCUUUAUUGCUUUUGAUAUUUUGGGUUUGGGUUACAGUUUGCAAUUUUAUGCAACAUUGACAACCUUUAUAUUGCAUUAAGGUUUUCUUAGCAGGCGUUUGCAGAGCUGAAACCUUUCUGCAAAUGAGGUUCCCUUAGUUAUGAGAUGCUCUGAACCGUUCUAACCAAUGAGAAGUAUUAUUGCACAUUUAAUUUAAGCUCUUUUUAAACACUUUAAAACAGAUCAGUUUAAGCUUUCACCUGUAUUUCUCAUUGUUUAGGACUUUGACCCCUGUUCUCUCAGCUCCAUGGUUGUCCCCUUUUAAAGAAAAAACUUGCUCAUCUGAUUUGGCUGUUUUGGCUUAUUGUUUGGGUGGGAGGGUAGUGUUUUGUUAUAAAAAUGGAAGAAAAAAAAAAACCUCUAAAUUAAAUUGAGCACAAGUUGAGUGAACAGGGGUUAAAUCUAUACAGGCACUUGGCAGCUGUCUGUAAGGUGUCAGCCCUCCGGUAGUAGCAAAUGCUUUCAAGGCAAAAGCCAACAGUCCUUUAACAUCGAAUAUGUUGUCACCUUUAAUGGGAUUCUGCUUGACUGCCUGUGGCUGACAUCUUGAGAACCUUUAAGACUGAGACAAGAGCAUCUUUUCCCAGAUUGGCUAAAUAAUUGGAUCAUUUCUGUAACUAAAUUGUCUCAUUCUUUAAGGUCUUUUAAAAAAAAUUGUUGGGUGGGUAAAUUAGUGUUUUUGCUGCCCUGAUGCACAUGUUCAUCCUCUCCUGAUAGUUCUGACAAAAACAUCCUGACACAGCUUUUGUGUACAAUUUGGCCGUCCUGUAACCUUUCUGUCGAGGAGGAUGUGAGUGGAGUCUUUGAGGGAGCUUUUCCAAAACGUGUGCAUCAGUGAAACAACGGGGAGGAGCCUACGGGCUUUACAAAAACAAGGAUAUGAUCAGAAGAUCCAAAGUUAUGGAAGUGGGUAAAAAAAAAAGUUCAAAAAAGUUGCCCUUAAAUUUGGAUUUUUGUUUUCCUUUCGAAUGAAAUGUUCAAGUGGAGUAAACCUUAUUUCAAAAGUCUCCAAAUUUAAGUGAAGAAUUUAAAGCCUGAGUUAAUUUUCUUUUUAUUUGAUGGAAAUUUGGUCGUUAUUUAAUUGGCAGAAUUUUUCAGUGAUGCUAUUUUUACAGUGGAGUUCAGUUUAAAAGGAUGUCAUCAGUAUGAUUGGAUGUGAUUGAAAGUUUGGUUUAAAAUAAAGCUCACUGAAAUUUA